AUGUCCGUUCCACAGAGCCUGCCCAGCUUUGCACAGGCAUUCUCCACCCGCUCCCUCGGCCCAAUCGACUCCAACAACGCCCUGCCCCCCAUACAACAACCCGCAGACGCCCGUUCCCGCUCUCCCUCGCGCAUGAACAACCACUCCAGAUCCCCCAUGAACAACCCCGGCCCGCCCUCCCACCUCCACGCUCGCACCCAUUCCUCCCACGCACACCUCGCAGUCCCCUCCCCCUCCUCCAGUCGUCCACAUUCCAUCUCCCGUCCCGCCAGCCAGGAGAAGCGGCCCCGUGAGGAAGAGGAUGACGAUGGCCCCAGAUCAAUACGGGUAAAACAGGAGGACAACUCAGACGACGACAACGACGACGACUCGCCCCGCUCCCGUCCUCUCCCUCUUCCCCAUGGUGGUCGCGGCAGCCAGCCCGGUGCCUCGCAACCCUCUCCAAAACGACGACGCGUUACCGUCAGUGGUUCAUCCCCCUUCGCCCCCUUCCCCGCCACCAAUACAUCCGGCCCGGCCCUACCCCCACCCCCUGCGUUGCCAUCCCACCACCAGCAGGCGGCAACACACACCACUACCCACGCACAGGCCGCUCAACACGCACACCAUGCCUCGCAACAGCAUAUCCAGCAUUCCCACCAUCUCCACCCGCUUUCCUAUGCGUCGGAUAAGGGCCCCCUGUCCCCUGCCACCCACGCCUUUGCGAAGCAGGCCCUGCCCAGCAUAUCACAUAGGCGAGGUAGCAUCGAUACGCUCGUGAAUCCUCCCGACGAACGAGAUAGCGAACGCGAAAGAGAUAGAGAUAGAGAUAACAGGGAUCGCGAACGCGAACGCGAAACAGACCGCAUGCGCCCCAGCCCUCAGAACCACCCCAUCCGGCGUGUACCGACACUCAACACCGCGAGCACCAGCAGCAUCGGCGGACGCCCUCCGAGUCCUCUGCCGCCCCACAUGAUCGUCCCCUCCCAGCAGUCCCUGGUCGACAGCAGCAACAGCAGCCCGCACGCGCACCACGCGCAUCAUCCGCACCAUGCCGCUCAGCACCCGCCAUCUACGACCGCGUCUGGAUCAGGGCCCGGCUCCGGCUCCGGAUCGGCGCCUGGUAGCGCAGGCACGGGUGCGCAGUCGCCCUUGGCGAUGACGCCCGCGUCGACGUCCUUUGCGAAACGCCGUGCGGCGCAGGGCGGGCGGAAAAGAAAGCCUGCCGAUAUCCUGAUUUCACCACGCGAUGCGGAGCCCGGGCUUGCACCCUCGAUUCAAAGUGCGCCACCUAUCCCUGCGCUGCUUGCCGAUGGCGGGCGCGGAGGCGGGAGGGGGCACAUGGGCAUGGGCAUGGGUAUGGGCUUUGGCGGUAUGGGGUCCGUGGCGCUGCCCAGGUUGCCGCCUGCGUUGGCGAAUGCGCAUUCGGGCCAGGGAAAGCGGAUCGCGGGCGCUGUGCCGCCGACGCCGACGCGGUUCACACUCGCGAGGGGUCCUGGUCCUGGGCCCGGGACGGCGGGCGCGACACAUUCAACUGCGGGGCCGAGCACGUCCCAUACAAAAAACAACGAAGCUCACGGUGCCACCGCCCCCGCCACCUCCAAAGACGGCAACGGCGGCGCACCCGUAGUCGUGGCGCCCCCGCGUUCCCCGCCGACAGCGAGCGUGCCGAUCUCGCGCGUGCCGCCUACACCGAGCGCGUUCCAGGUCGCGCACAAUCUGUCCAACUCGGCGCUGCAUCCGCCGCUGACCGCGCACGUGUCGACGUUCCCCGCGGGCGUGCACCAGCGGCUUGGUGUGCCGAGCCUUGCGACGAUGCGGAGCCCGCUGCCGGGUUUCGGUGGUCGCGGUGCUGCUGGGCAGGUGCAGGGACGCGGGCAUGAAAGGGCGCAGACGCAAGGCGGAGUACAGGGUGGAGUGCAAGGGGCGGCACAGAGUAAGGCGGCGUUCCUUGCGCCGUUCGAGGCGGUGUAUGAUGUGCUUGUGGAGGCGAGGCAGCUGAGGCAUGCGAUUGAGCAAACACCGCGCGGUGCUCAGAGCGGUGGUGGUGUCAGCGACGAAGUGCUCGAGAGGCGGAUCGCGGAGGCGGUGGAGAGGCGGCUUGCGGGUGUGCGAGGCGAGGUUGGUGGGUUGCGGAGAAAGGUGGAGGAGCUCGAGGAGGCGCUGUGGCGGUCGAGGACGGCGCCGGGGACUGGGGAGGCUGCGAACGGACUUGGGUAUGGGCAGGGGCAUGGCUUUGGGCAUGUGAGGACACAGUCGAGCUCGCUCUCGAAUCUCGCGGCUGUUGCUGCUUCCGCGGGUGCUUCGCAGGUUCAGGCUCAGGCGCCGAAUCAACAUCAAGUGCAGAAUCAGGCGCCAAAUCCGGCACAUAAUCAAGUGCAAGCGCAGUCGUCGGUGUCACCGCAGAUCCGGCUGUCGCCCUCGUCCUCGUCAAGCCCGCGCAAGGACGCAGCGAGCGCGUCGCCGAGCAUGCAGACUGUUGCUCUGCGAGGCGGACGCGUGGCGUCGCCUGGAAGGGGUGGUGCGCCCGUUGCUGCUGCGCCGUCAGCACUUCCGAAGCGGAAUACCGAUCCUGUGCCUGCGACGACGUCGUCAUCUUCCUCGUCUUCGCCGGCUCCACAGGCUGUGACGCAGCCAGCUGCGGAGGGGCCAGCGAAUGUGAAGAGCGCAGACGCGUCCCCGAGGCCGCAGAGGAUGUAUUAUCCCGCGUCGAGACCUGAGCGCGAGGAAGCGUCGGAUAAGGAGAAGGAGCGGGAAAGGGAGGGGAGGAGUGGGGCUGGCGUAGGGAGGGACGGGGGUGAUAUGGAGGUGGACCGGGAUGGUGAGCGGCGAUGA